GCAAAGUCAUUUAAUCCCAGCCGGCUUGCGCCCUAUGGCUGCUGUGUGCACGGAUCGGUGUGUAUGAGCUGCCGCAGGCGAGAAGCAGAAGCUUCAGAAAGAACCACUUCUUGCAUCAGCGACUGCCCCGCACAGACUUUCUGCCUAACCCGCUUAGCUGCUCAUUUGGACUUGCUGCUUGCAAACCCCAUUGAUGUCUUUGCUUUGCUGUUGUAUUUUAUUGCCAGAGCUCAGUCCAGUGUGGGAGCAGAGCGAUUGGCGCUCCUGACUUCGAGCUCUAACACUGGCACCAGUCGCAGGGGCAUCUCCAUCUGCACCCAGCUGCGCACUCCCUCUGGGCCAAUGAAGAGAAGCAGUCGAAGCUGAGAAGCACAGGCUGCACUGGGACAGAGGGGAGGAGAGCGCACAUAAGAGGGGUCAGUGAGUGGAACAAGUGGCAUUGCACCUGUUGGAGCGGCCACAGGAAUCAUCAAACUUUCCCAACGAGCUGCUCCCAAAGGGCUUCCCACUGCCCCACAUAGUGAGCCCAAGGUGCCAGCAGCCCGCACCCCUGCCUACUGCUCGUCAUUGUACUACAGAGGGGGGGACCCCGGAAAGCUUGUGUGAAUGUACAGCAUGAUGAUGGAGACGGACUUACACUCCCCCGGGGUGCAGCCCCCUAGCAACACGGGGCAAACUGGGGGAGGAGGGGGCAAUAAAGCCAACCAGGACCGGGUCAAGCGACCCAUGAACGCCUUUAUGGUAUGGUCCAGAGGGCAGAGGAGAAAGAUGGCCCAGGAGAACCCCAAGAUGCACAACUCGGAGAUCAGCAAGAGGCUGGGGGCUGAGUGGAAAGUUAUGUCGGAGGCUGAGAAGAGACCCUUCAUUGACGAGGCCAAGAGGCUGCGCGCCCUGCACAUGAAGGAGCACCCGGAUUAUAAGUACCGGCCGCGGCGCAAAACCAAGACCCUGCUCAAGAAGGACAAGUACUCUCUAGCCGGGGGGCUUCUGCACGCUGCUGGAGGAGGCCACAUGGGGGUCGGCCUGAGUCCGGGUGGAGGAGGAGGGGGAACGGGAGGAGUGGUGGUACAACGCCUGGAGAGUCCCGGGUCAGGCGCUUCUGCCGGUGGCUACGCACAUAUGAACGGCUGGGCCAAUGGCGCUUACCCGGGCUCUGUAGCUGCUGCUGCCGCUGCAGCGAUGAUGCAAGAAGCUCAGCUUGCCUACAGUCAACAGCAGCAACAGCACCCUGGCAGCGGGGGCCACCACCCGCAUCAUCACCCCCACCACCCACACCAUCACCCGCAUCACCAUCCGCACCACAACCCUACGCCACACCCGCCACCCCCUCCGCCCCAACCCAUGCACCGUUAUGACAUGAGCGCCCUGCAGUACAGCCCGCUGCCCGGUGCCCAGACCUACAUGACCGCUUCUCCCUCUGGCUAUGGGGCGCUGGGCUACAGCUCCAGCCAACAGCAGCACCAGGGUUCUCCGUCCUCGGCCGCGGUGGCGGCGGCUGCAGCUGCUGCAGCCGCCGCUGCAGCUUCAUCUGGUGCCCUAGGGGCACUGGGAUCCCUGGUGAAAUCCGAACCCAGUGUCAGUCCCCCAGUGAGCGGAGGUGGGCCCCAUAACCGGCCGCCCUGUCCCGGAGAUCUACGGGAGAUGAUCAGCAUGUACUUGCCUAGUGGGGGGGAAGCCGGGGACCCGGCCGCUGCUGCGGCAGCGGCAGCAGCGGCGGCUGCAGCAGCAACUAGUAGACUUCACAGCUUGCCCCAGCACUACCAGGGGGCAGGGACGGGGGUAACCGGCACCGUGCCCCUCACACACAUCUGACAGACUUUCUGAACCAGGACAGUGAUAAUGACACGGAUAAGUGAUGGUAGGGGACUGUGCUCACCCUUUUAGGAACAAUGCAAUCUGCCUGCUCAUCAAGGACCAGGGCAGCACGCUUCCCUCCACUUUCCCAGAACUGCCCUCUCUUUUUGUUUUGUACAGAGAUGUUUUGAUGUUCUUGUAAGAAAUUGAAGUCUCAGAUCCGUGCUAAAAAUACAGUAAAACAAACAGACAACCCUGAUUUGUUGCUCUUUCUAGAAGCUAAAUGAUAUUUCUAUGCUAGUUUUAGAAGGGAAAAUGUGUUUUAUUGAUUUUUGUACAGUAUUUAUAAGUCUCCUAGAGAGCACCCAGUUUAAUUUGUAGUUACUGAAGCAUCUGCCAUAAAUCAGAUCUCGUUUGUUUAUCAUUUUAAAGACUAUUAUUAUUGGAUUACAUAUUAUUUCGGAUCUUUAUCCAAGUGUCUCACUUGUCACAUUGGGAACAAUUUCCAUACCAGUUACAAAGUUUUGUAGAUGUUGCCGUUUAUUUAUACCCUCCCUCCAGACUAGAAGUUGAUUCUAGCUUUUUGUAUGCGUUUAUGUACCUGAUUCCCUCAUUUUUGUUUUGUAUAAUUUCUUGUAAAUUACUGGUGAGAUAUUUUUUUGAAUUCAUAUUGUGUACAUAGUUUAUCAAACGUCCUCUCUGCCUAAAGAGAACAAAUACUCAUAUACUCAGAAGGAUGAAUUGAAUUUUCAGCUAAAUAAAUUUUCAACUGAACAUAAAUAAUGUUGCUUCUUUUAUAUGCACUAGAUUCCGAUUAUUCAGAGAAUAUAAGAUCACUUAUUUGAAGAAAUGGCUAUAAUAUCGCAGUUUCAAUAAAAUGGCAUUGUGCUAGUCACUUAGAUGUAAGAAAUUAUUAAGUAUUCGUUCGUUUGAUGCCGUUAUAAAAUUAUAUUUUGGAGAUUUGAUUGGUAAUACAUUAAUUAUAUUCCUUUAUAGAUAUAGUUUUGAAGCAUUUAAACGAAUGAGCAAAAACAAAUCUUACAAUGAUAUACAGAGUGAAAGAGUUUGUAUGACUCUGAUUUUCAUUAUUUCAUUUUUUAAGUUGCUCAAAACGAACAAAUUCAAUAUACAGUUGAGCUGUGUCUUUAAAGUAUUUAUGAAGAAACAUGUUGACUGGUACAAAAAUACUGGCCUGUUUGUGUUACAUAAUUCCCUAGAACGUAAAAAUGGUUGUGCAAUAAUUGCUAUGCCUUAUGGUUUUAAAGGGAAUGCAAACUCAAAAAUAACCAUUAUACUUUAUGAAAGAGAAUGUAAUUCUAAGCAACUUUCCAAUAUG